CCUCCAGGGAGGUUCCUUUAAAUGAGAGCCAGCCGGCUGGGCCUCCGUUUUACACCCGAUCAAUACCUGCAAUUGAGGUUUCCUCACCGGGAGGCAGCAGCCUGUCAGCAUGGCUCAAGCGUUUGUGAACAGCAAGAUCCAGCCUGGGAAGGUGGUCGUGUUCAUCAAGCCCACCUGCCCCUACUGCAGAAGGACCCAGGAGCUCCUCAGCCAAUUGCCCUUCAAACAAGGGCUUUUGGAAUUUGUCGAUAUCACAGCCACCGGUGACACCAACGAGAUUCAAGACUAUUUGCAACAGCUUACAGGAGCCAGAACGGUACCUCGGGUCUUUAUCGGUAAAGAGUGUAUAGGUGGAUGCAAUGAUCUAAUGAAUAUGCAUGAGAGAGGGGAACUGCUGAUGCGUCUAAAGCACAUUGGAGCUCUACAAUAAUUCAGAGCAGACCCCAGGCUGAUACGCCCUUGAAAGCUGGACAGCAUUGCAGAUAAUGACAGCACUUGGCUGGUGUAUGGAUCCGGGGCUACUUUUACCCAGCUACAGCAGCUAUUUACUUAAAAUUCUGAAACAUGUUAACCAAAAAAAGGGAGUGGGUUUUGGUGGGGCAAAAACAGCCUAUUCUUCUUUUGACUCAGUAUUUAAAGCGGACCAGCUUGCCCCAAACCACAGGUCUGAGAAGUUUGAUGGAUGUCUUGGGAUUCUUGUGCACUGGCCCUUUGGGUUCCAAAAGACUGUAAGCUUUGGUUUAGGAUUUACUGGCUGACCCAAAAGAUGCUCUUUCUCUUUGGUGCAUGUUUCUUUCUAACUAUUCUCCAUGUGCUGGGACUCUACCUCUUCACCAGUGUUUCUCAACCAAGUUUAUCCCAGACUCCGUACCUAGGAUGAAUCUAUAGUUGGUUUUCUGUCCCUGCCCGAAAAUGACUUUGUUGAGUUUGACUUUAUGGAGUUUGUAUUAUGAAAUCAAUAGGUAUUGUGAAUGUGCUCUCUCGAACUUCGUGUGUCUCCCCAGUCACCAUCUCCACCCACCCCAUCCUACCCUGAGAGUCACUGCUGUGAACUAGUGUUUUUAACCUUGACCACUCAACAGAUGUCAUAGGAAAUAUUCAACACUUCAUGAAGGGUCUGAGCACCCAAUUUGAGAGACAUCACAUGAAAGGUGAAGCAUGUUGGUCCUCACUUGGUGCUACAAGGAUCAGAGGUACAAGUGGAGAUGCUGUGAUCAAGUGGCUCUGUUAUGUAAGACGGUUGUCCAGGGCAUCCCGAACAAGUGCGUAUUAAUUUGCUUACAUUAUGAAUAAAAGUAAAACAAAAUUUUAAACAUUAUCAUGGAAAACUUACAGCCCCCAUCCCAAAGACUGUGUAUGUGAAAGUAGCUAAAUUUGGGAAACACUGUUCUAAAUGAUUUUCUUUCUCUCCUUUCCCACCCUCACCCCAUUCUACUAAAAUUUAAGAAUCUCUUAUUAUGAAGUCUGUCCUAGAAUUGCAAGAUUAAUUUCCUUCUGUAGUCUCUACUGUGAAUGGUUAAUUUCUUUUCUAAUAGAGGUACCCAUGGAUCACACAGUCAUUUUUGUCUAAUUCUUUUCUAUGUUCUCCAGACCUUAAGGGAUGGUAUUAAUGCAAAAUAUACCAAUUUAAAGCUUUUUUUCAUGUCUGUCCCCUACGAUUAUAAAUAAAGGCACAUGCUAUUGUCUUUCAUUGAGUA